CCUCUACCAAUCUCGCUUCUCCGUCCAAAGAUGACAUUCAUAUCUCUCUCUCUCUCUCUCUCUCUCUCUCUCUCUAAGCACUCCAUGGAACAUACUUUUCCAUAGAGUUUUUGACUAGUAAAUUGAAUAAAGAAAAUACACCAGACAACCUCCUAUAAGUUUGAAUAAGAAUUUUCCGUGAAUUACAGACGCAGAAGAAGAAGAGAUCAUUUUGAUUCAGUCCUUGUGUGGUUGCCUAUAACGCCAUGAAAGAUCAUCGAAAACGUGCCCUACUUCUACCCUGGAAGAACAAGUUCUUCCUCUGCCUACUCCUUAUCUUCUUCUUCGCUUUCACUUUCUCCACUCCUCUCUUCUUCUUUAGAGAAACUUUUCGUCCAAGACUGGUCUCGUCAUGGCGGACUCCGGCGAUAGAAGUCAUCUCCGGCGAGUCUCCGGCAAUCUCUGUACGAGAAACGGUUAUGUUUCCAGACGAGUCUCUGAUUUUCCUAAAAUACCCUCAGUCAACCCCUUUAUUCACCAAAGAUGACAUCACUUGUGUUUACUUCUCGCCCAACUCCUUCGAACCUCUGCUAACGUUCCCUCCAGUGUCCGUCGACGCUGAACAUGAAUAUCUCGACAUUCAGAUCGUACGGUGUCCGCUUCAGCCACGUGGCCUCACAACCACCGUUGCCGUGAAAUCUAGCGGUCCCCUCCCUGUUGGGCCCACUCACCGUUGGGACUCGCUGGCAUACGAAGCUGUGAUCGACCGCGACAACACUACCAUUGUUUUUGUGAAAGGACUCAAUCUACGGGGUGGACGAGUGGCGGACCCAUCAAGAUUCAAGUGCGUGUACGGCUGGGAUUUCACCAAUCCUAAGCUUUUACUACGAUCAGAUGCCUUAUCGGUCGCCCAAGAGAUCGUACGGUGCAAAACUCCUUUGAUUAUAUUGAGCGGCUCACACAGAAUUAAUGGUUCUGCUAAGGUUUCAGUUAGGGUGCUUGGUAAACACACAUUCAGCUCAGUGGCUCGGCCCGAUCGUCGAAUUGGGCCCAACCCACCUGCUCGGAAGCAACACCAAAUGUGUGUCUGUACCAUGCUGCGCAAUCAAGCCAAGUUCUUGCAGGAAUGGGUCACCUACCAUGCCCGGAUUGGGGUUCAAAAUUGGUUCAUUUAUGACAAUAAUAGUGACGAUGAUAUUAUUAAUUUGAUUGAGUCAUUAAAUAAUGACAAUUUCAAUAUUACCCGGCAUUUGUGGCCAUGGGUCAAGACCCAAGAGGCUGGGUUUGCCCAUUGUGCACUACGGGCCAGGGAGUCAUGUGAGUGGGUUGGAUUUGUUGAUGUCGAUGAGUUCUUGCACUUGCCAUCAAACUUGUCAUUACAUGAUAUUCUUAGGAAUCAAUCUAGUGAGGUAGCCGAAUUACGAGUCUCGUGCCAUAGUUUUGGCCCAUCGGGCCUCAAACAUGUCCCAGUAAAAGGAGUGACAGUAGGGUACACGUGUCGGAUGGCAGCUUCAGAGAGGCACAAAAGUAUAGUGAAGCCUGAAGCACUAAAUUCCACACUAGUCAAUUUGGUGCAUCAUUUUCACUUGGCGAGUGGUUUUAAGUAUGUAAAUAUCGAUAGAAAUGUGAUGGUAAUUAAUCACUAUAAGUAUCAAGUGUGGGAAGUGUUCAAAGAGAAGUUUCAUAGGAGGGUGGCUACUUAUGUGACUGAUUGGCAAAAAGAGAAAAAUGAAGGAUCUAAGGAUCGAGCUCCAGGCUUGGGAACUAGAGCAAUUGAACCAGCAAAUUGGUCUAGUCGAUUUUGCGAGGUUGUCGACAUCGGGCUAAGGGAUCGAGUGGUAGAUAUGUUUAGUGACCCUCAAACCCGAAAGUUACCGUGGCAAAACCAUGAAGAAAAUACAAUUUAGAUUGAACAGAACAAAGAAGAGAAAAGUGGGGGACUUACGUUUUUUUCUUUUUUUUUUUUUGUGUGUGCCCACCUUGUUUGAUGUUGUGAUACAAUGUAUAGAGACAAAUGAAUUGGUUGAUCAUUCUUUUGUAAAUCAUUUCCUUUGGAGAUAUGUUUAAAAAACACAAGAAAUAAACGCCUGUAAUGGUGCGUCA